UGACAAGUGAAGAAGGGAAAGAAAGGUAUCAGGUUGUCAGCUUUGUUCCAACACACCCGUUUCUUUCAUCCUCAUCCAAUCUUACCUACGAUAUUCCUUAGACAAUCAACCCUAUUGGUGAAAAACACCCCGAAAGACUCAGACUCAGACCCGACAUAAGGUUAUUCCCAAAAAGCACGCAACCCACUUAGCCUUCCCUCAACUCAAUGAUCUAAUCAUCUGUGAACAAAUUUCUAAACUCCGAACUAAAACUUCUACCCGGCCCUUCCGCAUUUUCCAUCCUUCUCUCUCAUCUGUCUCGUCCCUAAAAGGCCCUUUGUAGCAAACAAAAAUUCUCAAGCAAGAAAUUCUUGACACUCUAACCCUCUAAACAUCUAGUACCCAUCCUCUAGUACCUGUCUAGAACCGCCUCCUAACAUCCAAUCGGCAUCCACUCCCGGAUAUUUACUUGAGAUCUAGAUAGAAUGUAUGCAUCUCCUCCCGUCUUUGCCUCUAGGACUGAAUGAAGAACGUCAUUGGGAACUCGAAUUAAGGUUUUAAGAGCUUAAUGCAUCAUUAGAAAUCAACAUCCGUCGUGUCGUAUCGUACGUGCACACGAAGAUUGAUCCAUCAAAACUUACACACAAUAACAAUACAUAUAUAUAUCUUUCCGUGCCCUCCUCAUCCGUCUUAUUAUACUUUCUCACCACAUCCUCAUCAUCUAUCUCAUCAUCUACGGAGUCUCAUCAUCUUUCUCAAACUCUCUGCCAAGCCAAACCCGCACAACCGCAGAAAUCCCAGCACCUACUACGUACCUACUAGGUACCUAACUAACAACACAUUCCCAGCCCGGCUACCAACCCAACCGGUAUCCGUCUAUCCCGAGUCCAACCCCUCCCUGCCACAGCUUCUCUCUUUCGCUCUCGGAAUUCACGGAAUUAUCACUUUUGUCCAUUUCUCCAUUUCCUACCCAUUCAUUUAUUUCAAAGCAUACAGUCAAUCGAGCAUACCUCAUCUCUUAAAAAGCAGAGCAAGAAAGUUACUUUCUUUCUAAUCUACUUACUACGAAUCUACUAUAGUAUCCAUUUCUUCAUCGGCAUCAUCACAUUGAAUAUCAAAUAAAAUACAUACAUACAUACCUACAUACAUACCCACAUGCAAGAAAUAUAUACAUAAGAUAAAUUAUCCUAAGGAUCUCUCUGAGCAAUCGCAAUAUUCUUAUAUCCGCUUUAUCUCCUCCUCAUUACAUACCUACCUAGCAUAUCACAUCCAAGUACCGAAUCAAAUCGAGGUCGAGUUCGAGGAAAAAAAGAAAAGCGCCAGCUUGUGUGAAAACGGAUUCUCUUUCUCAUUUUUUUUUUCAUUCUUCUGCCCGGAGAAAAAGGUGUGAGGAUUGCCUAAGUACUUUGCGUGCCGAGCUGUUCUUUGUUGUGUAUAUCGGGAGAUACAUAGGUAUAUAUAUAUAUACAUAUCCUGAGCUACAUACGUCUAUACGUUUAUUUUCUACUACGACAACUACUACCUACGACCAAAGGAAACUUCCUUGGCUAUCGAAUUGCGAUUAGGAUUCCAUUAUAUUCAUUCACAUUCUUCUAUUCGAGAUCUUUUCUGGAGUGAUAUCGAUAUCGACAUCGAAUUUUGAAUUGGGAUUGAAAUUGAAAUUGAAACCGGACUUGAAUCCGCAUUGGGAAUUCGGUGUUGGGGAUUUCGAUUUGGGAUAUUCACAUUCUUAUACCAUUUUUUUACUUUAUUUAUUGUGUUGAUCAAUUAUAUACAUACACCAGCAAUGACACGAUUACUAUCAAGAAGCUCACUCACCUCAUCCCGCUCCACGACCCUCCUAAUCGCCUUCCUCUCUCUAACAUCCAACACCCUCUCUUCAAUCUUCUUCCACCAAAUCCCCGACGAGCCGUUUCACCUCGCGGUUAACUAUGGAUUGUAUCUGCAUUUUGCAAACGUGAUGAGUGUUUUUGGGGUUAUUGGGGCUUUGAGGAAACACUCCCUCUCCAUUCUCUGUUUCUCAAACUAUCUCCUCCUCGAUACACUCCUCAGCGCAAUCCCCCGUCUCCUCCUCCUAACCCUCCUCUCCAACUCCUCUUCUAUCCUCUGCACCCCCUCUUCAACCACCUCUCUCGAUUUCUCCACCGUCACUCAACCUCCCUCCCUGUCGCAAAAUACGCAAGAAAUAAGUCUCGCUUCUUACACCAUCUCGACCAGUAUCCCCGCAUCAUCACACAUCGCAUCUUUUGCGGAUUUUGUAGGGAGGACGGGAGGAGAUGAUGGAUGGACCGAGAGUGGAUGUAAGAAGAUUAUUACGCUGGGAUAUAUAACGCUGAUUGCGGGGGUUAUGGCAGCUAUGGGACUGCAGGUUUUAGGCGCGCUUUGUGUGAGGGAUUACGCGAGGGGCUUGUUUGUGAAUGAGGAGAUGGGGAAUGAUGGGGAAUGGGAAAGAGAGAUGGGGGAUAGGGAAAGAGAGAGGGGGGAUGUGGAGAGAGGGGAGAAGGUGAAGUUGGUGGAGAGGGAAGGGUUCAGACCGCUUUUGGUAUUGGAAAGAGAGAGGGGUGAAGAGUUUAGGAGGAUGACGCCGAUUGUGGAAGAGAGGGAAUACUUUUAAAUGAUGACAGUGAUUGAGGAAGUGGCAACAGGAGGAGACUAAACGAGAUGAAAAUCCAUCUCCAUUCGCAUACCCAAGGAGUAGGAGUAAAUCUCCCACGAAUAUGAAGCAAGCAAGCAGUCCCACGAGACAAAACGACAUGAAUAAGAAAUGACGAAAUUGUAUGAUACGAUAGGUGGUGGAUGGAAUUAGUCUGCACAUGGAUGACAAAUGAGAUAUGAAGCGAACUUUGCGUUGAUGGCUAUGAUUGGGCUUGUGUAUAUCAAUUGCAUUGAGGAAGUAUGAAGUAUAGAGUAUGAAGUGUGAAGCGGGAAAUGUAAAUGGGAAUAGGAAUAGGAAUAUGAGGAUAGGGCGCUCAUUAGAUACCAUUACUAUCGAUAUCAUUGGAAGAAGAAACAGAAGAAAAGAAGAGGAAGAGGAAGAGGAAGAGGAAGAGGAAGAGGAAGAGGAAGAGGAAGAGGAAGAGGAAGAGGAAGAGGAAGAGGAAGAGGAAGAGGAAGAGGAAGAGGAAGAGGAAGAAUAACAAGAAGA